GGAACAGAGCAGAGAAGAACAUGCGAAGACACGAGUCUUCACUUCAUGAGCAGAGAUUCGUUGCUUCAUUUGCUCGAGCAGACUACCACCCAUCUCAGCCACCGGCGGCGACCUCAGAUGGGCGCACGGGCGCGCCGCGCCGCCCACCACCGCGCUCGCCUCCGCCUCCGCCACUGCCACCUUCUCCUCCUCCUCCCGCUGCUGCUCCUCUUCCUCCUCCCGCCCCUCUUCGCGCUCCUCCUCCGCCGCGCCAACUCCCUGGGCCGCCAGUGCCUACCCCCCGCCGCAGGGCGCCGCCCCCUCGCCGGGCAGCGGCUCAGCUUCUCUAUCGUCACGCUCUCCGACGAGGGCCUGUCGGGCCGAGGAGUGCGGGGGCGGUCUUUCCGCGGCGUGCUGGCGGCCACCGCGCGGAACAAGCGCGCCUACGCGGCCGCGCACGGGUAUGGCCUCGCCGCGCUGCCCCCCGGCGCGGUCGACCCCGGCCGCCCGCCCGCCUGGAGCAAGGUCCUCGCCCUCCGCGCCCGCCUGCGCCGCCACCACUGGCUCUUCUGGAACGACGCGGACACGCUGGUUACCAACCCUGACAUCUCGUUGGAGGAGAUUUUGUUCUCCGUGAUUGGGCAUAGUGAUUUUGAUGCAUCGCCUGAUCUCAUUCUGACAGAGGAUAUCAAUGGGGUUAAUGCCGGACUGUUCUUCAUAAGGAGGUCGAAAUGGAGUGAGAGAUUUUUGGAUACAUGGUGGAACCAUACAUCAUUUGUACAAUUUGGUUCCACAAAAAGUGGGGAUAAUGCAGCACUGAAGCAUAUCGUGGAUCACUUGUCACCUGAAGAAACACAAGCACACGUCCGCAUAGCAAAAAUGCAGUGCCUCUUCAAUUCAUACCCUUGGGUUGCUACAUGGAAAUCAGUUCACCGCCUGAUCUUCCACCCGUCCACUACAUGGAAAGGGGCUUAUUCAGAUGGAGAUUUCAUGGUCCAUUUUGCCGGCCUAAAUGACAAGCGAGGCUGGACAUCAAGAAUUCUUAGAGAGAUAACUCACCGAUGAGGAUAAUUACCCCAAUUUUAAAACGAUCGAUGGAGGAUCCAGAAGUUUAUGUGACUAGCCUGAUUGUUUUUGCAUCAUAUUCUGUUGUAGACUGCCAUUUUAGUUGGACAGCAUGUUCCGUUUCUAAUCAGCUAUAUUAAAAGGUUGUCUCCCACUAACUACUUCUGCAAACCUCUCAUCCAGCCAUGUUAUAAAAAAUACUCGACAUUCAUUUC